AUGUCAUGCAUGCUCUUUCGUGAUGCUCCUCCCGUCAGUCUUUCAAACUCAAUGGAGAAAUAUCAAAUUGAAGAGGUAACGGAAGCACAAGAACCGGCCACAAGUUACCAGUCGACUGUUAGCACACCUUCUCCAUCUGCACCAGUUGUGAAAAAAUUCCGUAACGUCCGCAAGAGCAACAUAUACUCUUGUGUUGUCUGUGGUGAUAAACCUACUGGUUAUCAUUACGAUGUGCUUAGCUGUAAUGGAUGUAAGACAUUCUUUCGUCGUACAAUCAUCAAUAAUCGGAAAUUCAUCUGUUCAAAAGGUGGAACAUGCCAGUUCAACAAAGGUAUUCAAUUCCCAAACAAUUCGCAGGAUUCAAGUUCACAAGGCGAAUACGAAGAGAGUGGGUAUAAUAUCGGAGAUCGAUUCAUCACCACAAAGUUCAACAACGGAAGACGAUUCGCCGAUAGCACAGAAGCUAAUCACGAAGAUGGAGGCCAAUAG